AGGAGCUUGAAGCAGCUGCCCAUAUCACAUCCACCAUUAAGAAACACAGAAGGGACUCUGCUCCAAAGAUGACCUACUAUGGAAAAUGCAUUGAGACAGUAAUAGAGCACCUUGACAAAUUUAAGCGAGGGAAGGACAGUCCUGAGCAGUUCCUGGAGACGGUAUCCACCUCCUUACAGCAGGUAGGCCCCCAGAAGCUUGCCUUUGUUUUGGAUAUUCUGUCUGGCUGCCUUGAGUACCAGAAGUUACUGGCCAUCGUGGUGGAUGCCUUCUAUGUUCGGGAUGGCCGGCUCUGCCUGUGGGCCGACUACAGCCUCUUUGAGGUGAUCUGCUACCUGGCCAUGUUCCAGCUGGACGAGCUGGGCUUCCAGCUCUUCUGCAGCAUCAUCAAGUCCCAGCCUGUGGCUAAGACUUGCAAGUUCCUCAGGUUCUUCUUUAACCCUUUGAACCUGUGCUCGUGGAUCAAGGACGAGUGGAGCCUCAUCUAUGAAACAAGCCACGUGAAGGAGAACUGGAUUGACCCUCUGAUGAGAUGGCAGCCAGAGGUCCAAGAGCUGAUCAACCAACUGGAGGGAGUGCCAACUGAUCAAUCUCUCUUGAAGACCAAGGCCAAGGCCACAGAGCACAAGGAAUUCAAACUGACUGUCCCAAAGCCCCGUGCCAUUCCAAUGCCUGAGGCUGUCCCUACUAUACCCAAGCCAAGACCUGUCCCUCAGAGUACCUACCAGGAGCCCAAGGAACAGCAGCUUCUGCAGAUGAUCAAGAGAUACAACCGUCGGACUGCUGAGGAGCUGCUGCUGAAAGCGAACAUGAAAGAGCUUCGGUGUGCCAUGCCUCGGUCGCGCAGGGAUCCACAAGCACAGGACUCCAAGAAGAAGCAGCAACAUCAAUCUGCCCCCCGCAUACGCAGGACUCCAAAGUUGACCUUCUACAAGCCUAACAAUGUCCCGGUCAAGCUGAACACAGCCACCAUCCUUCGAGAAGGGGCCUUGUACCAGCGGCAGGUGGAGAAGGAGCUGGAGAGAGUUGAUAAGCUUGUGGACGGGGCUGGGGACUUCUCUGAAUUCCUCGAGUGGCAGAAGAAGAUGCAGGCAAAGGACCUGGAGGAACAGCUGGCUGCAAGCGAGUGCCGGAGGCUGCAGGGGAAGCUGAGCCAUGAGGAGGCCAUCUUGGCUCGUCGUAACCUCAUGCAGGAAAACAAGCAGAAGGCUGACCAGAAGAAGGAAGAGACAGCUGAGUUAAUGCUGCAGUGUGCUGAGCGGCGCCAGCAACAGGAGAAGUUCGUGAAAGAGCUGGUGGAGCAGGUCAUAGAGACCCAGAAGAAUGUCAAGGUGGCCCAGAUGAAGCUUGUGAAAGGCCGGCAGCAGAUAGUUCAGGAGGUGAUAGAGGAGAGCCGGGCGUUGCGACAGCGUAGCACAGAGGCAGCCAAAGAGGAGCAGAAGCAGCGCUGUGAGCUCAUCGCCCAGCUGCGUGCGAUGGAGACACAACCCACACGCAAAGAGAAGCUAGUGGACCUUACCCAGAUUCCGGGAUACGGUCUGGAAGGCGAGAUGUCUGUUGUGGAGCUUAGAGAACGGCUGGGCCUGCUCAAAGAGACCCAGAAACGAGACCAGGAGGAGAAGCGGGAUCAUAUUAUCCAGGACAAGCGAGCCCGGAAUAAAAAGCUACAGAACACAGUGGAGCAGAUCUCACUGUGCCGCGCAGCCAUGGGUAGAACUGCAGCCUUGAGGUGGGAGGAAAAGAAGGCCCAGGCCGCAAGUCUGGGGACACCCUCUCAGGAUGAGCGCGUGCUGGAGCUGCGGCGCAGAAUGGAGGAGAGGGCAGCUGAGCGCCGUAGGCAGAGAGCACAAGUGUCACCACCCCGGGCUGUGCGUGCCCAGCAGCGGGACGAGAUGGAGCACUGGCUGGAGCUGGACCAGAGUCGCGAGCGCAGACUUCGCAGACUGCGGGCAAGGCAAGAGGCAGGCGGCACCUGCCGGCCAACCCAACACCUGAAGACUGCUUGAACUCGCCAGGGCCCCACGCCAACACCGCGUGUGGCCGCCCACUUGGGCCCCGCCCCUGCCCCUCCGACAGCAUCUCUCUUCCUGCACCCCUGCCAUGAGUUCAGCCCAGACUCCCCAGCUCCAGUUUGCCUCCCCGCCUUUUUUCAUGGUUGCCCCGGAAAAGACGAGAUGUGGUGGCGCAGGAGAAACGCUAAACAACCAUCUACUUUUCCUCUGGACUGCAACCCAUGUUUUUAAAUGCUAAACCCGGUCUUUCCCUGUUGUCUGAGCCCCUAGGUGGACGACUGGGUGCCUCCUUGACGCAGAGCCAGUGGAUCUGCCUGGGA